AUGUCGAAUUCUCCUCGUUCGCACGGUCUUCACUUGAGUUUUGCGCAACCUGCACGAGCGGCAUGGUCUCUCCAGCUGUCGCCACUGCCGAUGACAUCCUCGGCUCCGGAUCAAGCGCAACAAUCAGGGACAUCUACGCCGAACCUAGGAAAUAAUAUUCAACUAGUCCGACGAGCCUCACGUGUAGAAGGUUCCUCACUGUCACCACCGCAUACCUGGUCCGAAUCCACCGAACACGAUGAAGAUACCGCUGAGAGCCGACAUUUGUUCACGGUCGUUGUUACCUUGCCUGAGGGUCACAUCUUGGAUUCGAGGGUCAUCUCAGAAAGUGUAUCAGCUGAGAUGCUCCAACCUGGAAACCGUUUCUUCUCAUGUCUCGUAGGGAAAGGUCAAUCCAUUCUCCUCUCAGCUGCUGCUACCUCUAUACGACAACGAAUAUUCGCCCGGAUCAACUGCGGACUGGUGAACCACGCUUGCGAGCUGUUGUGCGAGUUCGAGUCCAAGCGAGCACGGGUCACCGCUCUGGCGUUGAGGGCUGCCUACGGUCCAAGCACACCUUUUCACAGUCUCACCUUCACCACAAAGCAUGCAGCCAGUUGCGCUUUGACGCACAUCGACUAUACAUCGAUCCCAUACCUUGGCCAUUUGCCGACUGACUUAAUAGGCAGAUCCAUUCUGGCCUUCGUUUACGCUCCGGACGUGCACGUGAUUCGACAAGCUCAUGUCGACUUGCACAAUUCGAAGGGACGAGUGGUGAAAAGUGUGGCACCACUACGUUUCGUCGCCUACAAUGGAGCGCUACUGCGAGCGGACACUGAAUGGUCCGCCUAUGUGAACCCAUGGACAAAGAAGAUCGACAUGGUUGUAGCACGACAUCGUAUCUUGGACGCACCGAUUGGAGAUGCAAACGUUCUGGAUUCACCGGCCAAUGGACAAACUCUUCACGUCCUUCCACCUGCGAUGGCAAAGACAUUUGAGGAUGAGCUCAGAGCGUUGAUGAACAAGCCUGUUUCGUCGACAUCCUGUCGCGGUACUGCUGGUGCCAGCAACGGCGACCCUGGUGUCGCUACGGGUGGACUGAUGUACGAUUCGAGCGCACUACGAGCAGAUGGUCGGCCAGCGGACCUAGGCGCAUACAUCGAUCGGCUGGUCGAAACAUUGGUGGUAAAUAGUGCAAGUGGUCAACAACAAGUCAAGAGUGUGCAAGCGCCACUGACUACUGUACCGGUAAAGGACGAGUUGCCUGAACUCCCUCUCUCAUACAACCAGAUCAACUGUCUUGAAAAUGUCCACCGCUUGCUCAAAUCUCAAUCUCGACCGGAUACUCCGCAUAAGUGCGAACGAGAGGAUGCAGUGUCACCUACGGUGGCAUCAAUGCCGUUGACCAGAGAAGUUCUGCAAGCGCACACAAAACGAUGGGAGGAGCAGUACCGAGACACAUGGCAUCGACGACUGAAGCGAAUGUCUGCAGAAGUACUUCCAGGCGCUCCCGCUCAUAAGCAUAUGCGUCCCGCCUCCAGUUGUACACCGCCUGCACAUUGGUCGGCCUCACGCCGCGAGGAGUUCUACCGUAGCCUGGUUCCAAAUCCACCACCGCCGCCAGGAAUGAAUUUUCAGAUCACAACGAUCCCUCUACCUCCAAUCGAGGAAAAAAGCACUCCACCCACAUCUACAACUGAUCGCUCAAGUGCAUUCACUGCGGUCCAACCGAAAGUGAUUCCGAUGCGAGACUUGCCACCUCCGAUCGUCCUCUCCAUCCAGGACCAUCCAAGCGUCAUUCAAACUCCAUCCGAACCUUUGGUGGUGCCGCGCCUGCAAUGGGCGUAUGGCGCUGAGCGACUGGCGCUGAAACAUCACUCAGAAGCACUUCGCAUGGUGCCCGAAAGUGCAUAG